AUGAAUAGUUUUUUUUGGUUUCGUCUUCUUCAUUGUCGUAAAACAUUGAUUGAUCGGAAUGUAAUACCGUUGGCACGCUUCUUUUACAGUUCCAAUCGAUACACGCAGGUGAAAAGUAGUCUCAAUAAGAAAUUGGAUUAUCGAUUGAAACGUAAAGAUCAUUUCGAGAAAAAGAAUCGCGAGCGCAUAUCUACCUAUUUGUAUAAUAUGGCUUCACCCGAAAUUGAAAAGGAACUUGCACCACUUCGUGCGGCUGUUAAGGAAUAUGGUGAUUUAAUACGUUCUCUCAAGGAAAAUGGUGCCUCGAAAACGGACGUUGAUCGAGCAGUUGUCGAGCUAAAAGCUCGAAAGAAAAAACUGGAAGAGCGUGAACUUGCUUUGGUGCCAAAAAAUGUUUCGUUUUUUGAUCGAUUGAAAUUUGAGGAUCUCUUGAAACAGCGUUUCUUUUAUGAUCAAUCAUUUGCCAUCUAUGGAGGUGUAACCGGAUUAUAUGAUUUUGGUCCUAUGGGAUGUGCUAUGAAAGCGAAUAUGAUUAAUCUUUGGAGAAAUCAUUUUGUUCUUGAGGAAAAUAUGCUUGAGGUGGAUUGUUCGGUGCUGACUCCUGAAACUGUUCUAAAAGCAUCGGGGCAUGUUGAUCGAUUUUCGGACUGGAUGGUGAAAGAUUUGAAAACCGGUGAAUGCUUUCGAGCUGAUCAUCUGAUUAAAAAUUUCGCCGAAAAAGUGUGCGAGGAUAUGAAGACACCGGCAAGUGUAAAAGAGGAACUAAAGGAAGUCUUGAUGAAACUGGAAGGUUUCAGCGAUGCGGACAUGCAUAGUGUCAUCAUGAAGCACAACAUCAAAUCUCCAAUAACAGGGAAUGAAUUGUCCGAACCGAUUGCUUUUAACUUGAUGUUUCCAACAGUAAUAGGACCAACAGGCGAUUUCAAAGCUUACUUACGACCAGAAACAGCGCAAGGCAUCUUUGUCAAUUUCAAACGACUAUUAGAAUUUAAUCAGGGGAAACUACCUUUUGCUGCGGCCCAGAUUGGAUCCGGUUUUCGAAACGAGAUUUCACCGAGGCAAGGUUUGAUAAGGUUACGUGAAUUUACGAUGUGUGAAAUUGAACAUUUUGUUGAUCCGAGUGAUAAAAGUCAUAAAAGAUUUGAACAAGUGAAAGAUUAUAACUUGAUAUUGUUCUCCGGCUGUAAUCAAAUGGAUGGUGCACCGGCACAAAAAGUAUCAAUUGGAGAUGCUGUUACUAAGAAGUUGGUUGCAAAUGAAACUCUUGGUUAUUAUAUGGUUCGAGUUCACAAAUAUCUGCUACGUGUUGGAGUAGACCCGGACAGAUUGCGAUUUAGGCAGCAUUUGGCUAAUGAGAUGGCUCAUUACGCUUGUGAUUGCUGGGAUGCUGAAAUUUUGACAUCAUAUGGAUGGAUUGAAUGUGUUGGAGUAGCUGAUCGUGCAUGUUAUGAUCUAUCACAACAUUCGAAAGCUACCGGGGAAAAGCUUGUAGCUGAAAAAGUGCUCAGUGAGCCAAAAAUUGUACAAGUGAUUGAAGCAGUACCCAAUAAGGCAGCGAUUGGAAAAAUUUACAAAACUGAAGCGAAACAGAUCUUUGCUAGGCUUGAACAACUCAGUCCAGAAGAAGUUGAGACGCUGGAAAAACAGAUUGCUUCUGCUGGAAAUGCAAGACUUCAGUGUGGAGAUAAAGAAGUGAAAUUGCAAAAAAAUUAUAUCACUGUUAAACGAUACGAAAAGAAGGUUCAUACCGAGGAGUUCUAUCCGUCUGUAAUUGAGCCAUCAUUCGGUAUCGGAAGGAUCAUGUAUAGUGUUUUGGAGCAUUCUUUUCGUCAAAGAGAAGGUGAUGAACAAAGAGUGUAUUUUGCACUGCGACCAAUUGUUGCUCCGAUCAAAUGCUCUGUAUUGCCAAUCUCAGCAAAUCCACGUUUCGAACCAAUUAUGGCUGCUGUACGCACAGAAUUAGCCAAAUUUUUUGUAAGCUAUAAACAAGAUGAUAGCAGUGGAUCACUUGGUCGACGUUAUGCUAGAACGGAUGCUAUAGGCAUACCAUUUGGCAUAACAGUUGAUUUUGAAUCGGAAUCAGAACCAUGGACUGUAACUUUGCGCUACUCAAUUACAAUGGAACAGAUUCGACUGAAGGUAAGUGAUGUUGGAAAAACGAUUGCUGAUUUAUCAUCUGAGAGAAUGUCUUGGAGUGAAGCGCAACAAAUUUAUCCUAAAUUUGAGCAGAAAUCUGGCGCUUAA